AUGGCCUUUACCGGAUUAAAUUUUUUAAAGCGGAAAAAGAAAAAAUCGCCUAAGUAUUCGGUCAUGUUUGUUUGUGCAGUUAAUAUCCAACGCUCUCCAAUGGCCGAAGCGAUCUUCUACCAUUUAGUAGAACAACGUAGCGAAUUGAAUAAGUGGGAUAUAGCUAGUUCUGGUGUUAGCUCAGAAGCAACUCACCAACAACCCGUUAGCCCAUGUACAAUUACCGUCCUCGAGGAUAAUCAUAUUAAGCCACGUCUUCAUCCGUCACGAAAACUUUGCCAUGAUGAUUUUAAACGUUAUCGCUAUAUUUUAUGCAUGGAUGAAGAUAAUUUAAGGUUAGCUAAGGAGAAAUUACCACAUGGUUGUAAGGCGAAAGUUGAAUUAUUGGGCAAUUACGAUCCUAAAGGAGAAAGAAUCGUUGUAGAUCCUAUCUUUGACUGUAACGACUGGAAUGCUUUCGAUCCAAAUAAUCCAGCUAUUAUUAUCAAUCCUCGUUUGGGAAAUUUAAGUGAUUACGAGCAUGUAUUUCAACAAUGUUGGAGAUCUUGUAAUACAUUCUUAGACUUUGUUACUGGACAGAAAGCAUAA